CUUUUCAAAACAGACGUCCCCUCUGUUCACGCCCAUUCACGUCGAUGAAGGACGUAUGGAAGUGCACUGUUUACAUAUUAACGGUGUGAUCCCCUCAAUCUAGAAAACUGGCGUCCCAUAUGUCUUCUUAAUAUUGAUUAUAAAAUUCUGGCUUCUAUAUUAGCUAAAAGAAUUAAAGCUGUCCUAGACUCCGUUAUUAGUGAAACUCAGUCAGGAUUUAUGCAGAACAGACAUAUAUCUAACAAUAUUCGAUUAGUAUUAGACACCUUAGACUACUCUUAUCUAAUUAAAGAUGAAAGCUUUAUUCUCUUCCUCGACUUUUACAAGCUGUCAAUACAAUGUUAAUAAAAUCCCAGUAGUACUUUCCAAUUUUCACAAACAAAUGCUAUUGUCAUGGACCCUAGCCUAUAAACACAACUUUUCCCCACACAAAUGUUACAUCUGGAACAACCAAUAUAUAACUCAUAAGAGUAAAUCUCUAUUUCUUUAUAAUUGGUUUGAAAAUAAUAUCCUGUUGGUGAAACAGCUUUUAAAUGACCAGGGUGUUCCUUUGACAUUUGAAGAACUGAAAAAUCGAUUUAACUUUAGUCCUACACUAAAGGAAUACUCAUUGACUAUUGGAGCGAUUCCCUCUGGACUGCUGAUGCUCUUCAAGAACCUGGACAAUGAUACGGAUGACUCCUCUUUUCUAUUGGAUCCAGCCGACACGUUCAUAGGGAAAACAUGUUUCACCACUAUAAGAAAGAAGAACAAUCGAGCUAUUCGGGCUAUUUUUCAACAGGAUGUAGUGUCUAUGCCAUAUAUUAUAUCAUACUGGAAUAUUUUGGUUCCGGACAUUUGCUGGGAUAAAGUAUGGUUAUUGCCUUUUAAAUAUAUGAUCAGUAAUAAAAUAAGAGAGGUCUCCUUUAAGUUAAUUCACAGAUUUUACCCAUCUGCUCAUUAUCUUACAAGAUUUAAUAGGUCUAUUAAUACAUCGUGUGUUUUCUGUAAUGCCUCGGAAGAAACUACUGUUCAUUUAUUUUGGGAUUGUCCAUUUUGCUAUGAUUUAUGGCAGAAUGUCUCUGUAUUCAUCACCUCCAAAAUUCAUUAUCCCCUUGCUGUGAAAUGGGAACAUGUUUUAUUUGGUCUGUAUAACAAUAAUAGAAAGGAAAGUGACAAACUACAUUUAAUUAACUUUAUUCUACUCAUGGCAAAAUUUUAUAUUCACAAAUGCAAAUUCUCUAAAUCCAAACCCUUCUUCCCUGCCCUGUUAUGCGAAAUUAAAAAUUAUUUCUCCUCCAUCCUGAAGAGCAAAAAUAAAAAAGCUAUCAAAAUUUGUAAUAUAUGUACUUCCCUGAAUGUUUUUACUUAACUUAACCCAUUAAGUCACCCCCGGCUUAAAGGUUUCAUGUUCACAUUGUCUGCUUCGAUGUUGUUCUUGUUUUUAUGUUCUUUAUUUUAUGCUAUAGUCCUCUUGUUUCCGAUCUAUUUAC